UUUUGGUGCGGCCAUUCGGAAACACAGCCAGAGAGAUUGUUGGAAAUUAGUCGAGUUUUCUAGACGGUAGAAUUACGGUCUUUUCUAGCUUCCCCACAGGAUUUGCAUUUAAAGAGUGCCGGCUCUAAGAGGGCGCGAACGCCUGUAGAAAAAAAGGGCAGUAGCGUAUAAUAACGCAGUAGGAAGAACUUGUAGGAUGUCUUGUCAGUCAACAGUCUUAGAUAUUCAUGGGAUUCUCCCCUUCGAAGCGACGAGGCUGCAUGUCGCGUACAAUUCGACUUACUGUCAACUUUUUGGGCCGACCUUUCACCGUCCACCAUUUCCCUUUACGUUUUCUUUCUCCUUUCAUCAGACCAAUCUUUUCCAGACGAUCAUUAAGAAAAUUUCAGAUGAAUAAUUAACCCCGAUAGGAAAGGAAGUUUAGUCUUCGUUAAUAAAUCAGGGAAGAUUAUCAAAGUCCCACGAAUUUCUCGGGAAUGUUACUGUUAAUGUCAAAUUCAAUCUUAGUGAUAGUAUUUAUCUGAUUGUUACAUAAUCUUAUUUACCGCUACUCGACAGAUAUGCAACCGUGAAUUAACCUUACAUGUACGCCUACGCAAAUAAAUUUAUAUAAACAACUUUCUUUCCAACACAUAGAUCGAUAUAAAAAUAUAACUUUGAUGGUGCAAAGUUAUCAGAUGGUUUUGUAACGUGGAAAUCUUUUUCCAUGAAUCGUAUGCCCUUCGAAUCGUUGCUCGUUUACCAAGAAUUCUCCUUUUUUUCCCCAGCCUCUUCUUACAAGCACACAUGGUAUUCUAAUUAAUUAUAAAUUCAUGAUGCGUAUGUGCGCGAUUGCACCAUUCAGAAAUAAUCACGGACAUAUUUAUCUCGAGGGGGUGCAGAAACAAGUAUGCCUCGUUACAUAAACAUCUUGAAAAUUAUUUGAUUUAUGGAAACAUAGAAUUGUAGAUUUUUCAAUGAGAAUAUCGAAGAAGAGUUUCUCAUUGGGAAAAGGGAAACACAUCUUCUUCAGCAAGUGGAAAAGCAUAAUUACACCUACGCGGUGUACCGUUUAAUUAACAUUGUCGAGGACGAAACGCGUACUCUGUCCGACAUAUCGUGACGAAUUAAUGGGGCAUAUGAUAAUCACUACGAUCCAUCGAUCCUCCAUUCUCCAGGAUCUAUGCUCGACGAUCUAUUGUUUAUUUCACGCACCGCGACUUUCAAUCCUCUUCAUAAUUAAUGGCCGAUCAAAAAUCGUUUGUAGGUCAAUGGUUAGCUUUGCAUACUUAUUCUCUUGUGAAUCUCGUAUCUUAAAUAUAAAUGGAACAUUGAAAAUCGAUGUAGCUCCAGGAUGGUUGGUGGUAUUUCAGAAACGGGUCGAAAGGUGAGAAGAGAAUAUCUGAUGUAAAGAAAUAGAAAUAGAAAGAAUUGUAUAAAAAAUAACUUCUUGGAAUGAGAUUAUUUGUCAUUGUCCCAUUAAUAGUUUCUAAGAAUACCGUGCGUGUUGGAAAAGUGAAAAUUAUACAUUUCCCAUAAUCAACGUGGAAAACUGUUAGCAAUCUUGGAACCUCGAGAAGAAGAACUUGAUUCAAAAUCAAAUGCACCCUAUUAUGAAAUGAAAUUCAUUUUGUUUAACCUCUGACACAAUUUGCAAUUUACAUAAUCACCUGUUGAAUCGUAAAACCUCGUCAAGUGCGUCGUGAAAAUUUAUUAGGAUCGCAAAAACCAGUAGAUUACAUAAAACACGCCGACAUGUAUGAGAUCCGGGGGACAUUGAAUUAUUGACCAGUCAACACGGUGCAUUGAUCGUUAUUCGAUAAAACUAAUUACACCGCGAGUUGAUUGAAAAACAGUCCGAAGACUGCCUUGACUGAACCUGUCCCCUUAUUUGCAAAUGUCAUCGAUUUUGCGAAAUAAACUUACAUAAUUUUUAUUCUUAUCCCUUGGAAAUGGUUUCUCUUCGCAAGGGACUGAACCUUGAAGACCAUGACCUUUGAAAAUGACUGAAAAUCCAAUCUGAUACAAUAAUUACAAUAAUUGCUCGUCAAUGUUGAAUUACGCUUAGAUAAAGUUUACAUAAGCACGGUGAGAGGGUAUACGGUGGUAUGUAGCACAGUCGUUGUAAAUGUUAUGCAACUUGCGAAUUCCAUAGAAUCGACGUUCAUAGCUCGGAUUCGCGGAGGAUCCGCUAUCUGUGAUCUCAUGAUCCCUUCAGUCAACCGCAGAUCGAGAUCUGGUAUCUCGAAUCGGGACCAACGCGUUUCUCGAAGUAGAAGCAUAAGCAUUUGAAGGUGACAACCAUUAAUAUUGGGAUUCUUUAUUAUGCCAACAACUGUCAUCUCCGCACGGUAGACAGAUUUUUAGCGUGUAACUCGAAAAACAGACAACAGGUUACAUAACGAUACUCGCUCGACGAGGUGGAGGUGAACAGAGCGGAGGUAAGAGGUCUUGCGGCUCACCGCACGCUGUCUAAAGCCUCGUGGUACUCGUGUUACGCCUACGUCGUUACGGAAUUGUUCCCUUGGACCAAGAAGCGUGGAAAAACUCGUCUCCUCUCGCGUUAACCUGGCUGCAAACGUUUCACGCUUUCGUGGAGGGGUACAGGUACGCUCCUCCUCCCACGUACCCCGUACACGGAUUUUUACCCGAGCUUUUAGUACGGUCCCGAGCGUCGCGACGUUCCAUUUGCAGUGUCGCGAGAGUGGUUGUUUUGUCACGUUUGUUUACCUCCUCUUUUUGUCGCCGUGAGAAGAACGAUGAACGAACUAAGCGGUUAAUCGAACGCUUGCGAGGCUUCCUCUGCCGAGCAGAUUUGAUUUUUCACUGAGGGAUGAAAGUGAAAUAAUCCCUGUCGUGUUAACACGAUCAAGUCGAAUGAAAUUUUCUAUUGAUAAAUUGAACCGUGUUUGAUUUUAUUUCAUAAUUAAAAUCCGGGUGCGAGCAAGAGUGGGGUUGUGUUGAAAGAGCAGCUAAGUAAAUCUAUUCUAGAACGUGUCAGCGAAGCGUAUCGACUCGUCUGGCGAGCGUCGAGCCGGCUGCUGACGAUGAACCCCCGUAUUACGAAGGGUUAGAAGGUGCGAAUCAACCGCAGACCGAGGCUCUAGCCACUGGAACCGGUCUAACCUCGACUCCCAGGCUUCUCCGUUUCAAAAGAUCCAAGCGUCCGCGUCGCGUCGUCCGCGAAGCGGGGCCGACAACCGAGGGAGUCGGUUGUUCCCGGCUUUCUUUGCUAGCCCCUCGCCAGGAGCAACGGGAAAAAGAGGAGGAAACGGAGGGGGAAACGUGUCGGAUUAUCCGUAGCUGGCCGAUCGGACCUAGAAAGUCAGCUCUUCUAAGGUUUCCACGUCCACCAGAGGAAGCCAGGCCGUGGACUGCGCCGUCGAUCGGCAGAGUGAGACACAAAACAAGUUGUACACGCGCGUCGUCGCUCAUCCUCCGAAGAUUCAACCUCUCCUUCUCACCUAUCUACCCCUUCUUCGUGCGAGGAUGGAUCGAAACGAGAGCGCAAACGAGGGUGGAAGCUCGCCCGACACGGUGAUCGCGCGUUCUUCCGACGGGGAGGAGGAGGAAGAAGAAGAGGAAGAAGAGGAUCGUGGCAAGUACGGUUGCAGCACUUCUGGGGAAUACGUGACCGUCGGUGACAGUAGUUCCAGUCUGGACACCCUGACCAGUUCGGGCGCUACGGGAACAGCGCCCUCCGCGGAUACGACCACCGUGGAGGACAAGAAGAGGGGAAGAUUCGGCGCGCUUAAGAGCAGCUUCCGUAAAGAGGGUGGUUUGUUCAAGAUCAGAAAGAAGAAUAGGUCCAACGACGAGACGGUCGCCGAACUGGAGCCGGAUGUUGACGAGAAAGAAGGGGGGCGCAAACGGAGCCCGGAAGAGGAGAACGAACGCAAGGGUGGCUCGGUAACGGCCUUGAAAAAGAAGAAGAAAAAGUCUCACUCGUUGGUGCACAAGCUGAGCUUGAACAAAUUUCGUUUGUCGACGGAACAAGAGCCAAGGCACACGCCCGAAGGUGGCGACAGCAGCCGAUCUCAGAGCCAAUCGUCGCAAGAAUCGCCUAGUCUCUCGGACAGCCCGUCCAGGAUCACGAGGAAGGGGCAGGAGAUCGAAAGGCUUGGCCAUCGGGACGGCUUCGAGGCUCUGAAAGAGAGGGAAAGAGAGAAGGGAGAGACUAGGAAAUCGGAGAAGCUGACGGUGAAACCGGUGAGCACCGUGACCGUAGUACAACGCAGGUCGCCGUCGUUGACCAUCAGGAGCUUUUCCAAGAACGAACCUGAUCUUCAGAUAGCAGAGAAGUUAUCCCAACAGGAAACUCCGUGCAGCUCGACGCUUCCGUACGCGAUUUCCAAAUGGGCUGAACAAAAAAGCGGAAAAUCGAGCAGUGAUUCUUCGAGAAAAACGAAAUUGAAUAUAAAAUCCGAGUCGGAAUCGGGGAUAUUGAAAUCAUCCCCUCACGAGGUCCGCCGGAAGUUGUCGUUACUGGAGGAGAAACGAGCUAUCUUUCAACGACGAUUGUUCGAGACCACUCGGGACUCGGAUUCAGGUGAAACCGUGAUCGCGGUCACUGUAGACGACGAAGAGAGGACGACAACCACGAAGAAGGAGGAGAAACGUGAAGAGGGUGUGAAAAAGAAAGCUAGACACAUCAGCGUGAAGAAGUUUGAUACGUUCUCCACGUUCGAAGGUACAUUCGACGAGGAAACUGGGGUUGGUUACCUGGCCGGUACCGAAGAGGAUUACACCGAGAGCUACGAUAGACAGAACGACGGUUACGCGAGUGUUCCGACCGCCAUGGGACCCAUGGUGGGCAGCGACACCAUAGAGAAGGCGAAGAUCGCCAGUCAGGAUAGCAUGUCGUCACAGAACAAUGCGCCGAAUGCCGGAGUAGGCGAGAAACGAGAGCACUUGUAUAAAAUCCUGGUGAUCGGCGAGUUGGGAGCCGGAAAGACAUCCAUCAUCAAGAGAUACGUUCAUCAAUUCUUCUCUCAACAUUAUCGCGCGACGAUUGGUGUCGAUUUCGCAUUGAAAGUGUUGAACUGGGACCCACAUACCAUCAUAAGGCUCCAAUUAUGGGAUAUCGCAGGUCAAGAAAGGUUUGGCAACAUGACCAGAGUGUACUACAAGGAAGCCGUGGGUGCCUUCAUAGUAUUCGACGUAACGAGAAGCGCAACCCUAGACGCGGUGGUGAAAUGGAAACAGGAUUUGGACUCGAAAGUGCAGCUUCCUGACGGUUCACCGAUUCCUUGUGUCCUCCUGGCUAACAAAUGCGAUCAGCAGAAAGAGGGUCUGGUGAAUUCGCCCACGAAAAUGGACGAGUAUUGCAAAGAGAAGAACUUUGCCGGAUGGUUCGAAACGUCUGCCAAGGAGAACAUAAACAUCGAGGAGGCAGCGCGAUUUCUCGUCAAUAAAAUACUCCAAAACGAUCAGCUGAUGAAGGGUAACGGUUCCCAGGACCAGACAGACGGUGAAAGAUUCGCGUUGAACCAAUCACCCUCCAGCUCAAAGAAAUCCUGUUCCUGCUGACGAAUCGGUAAAUCACCGAUAGCAGGAUCAUCCGGUCCGUUAUCAUCCUUUCGUCGCCGUAUUGCCGUCGGUGCCAUGACACGAAAGUCGCGUUCCAUUUGGUCCACAAAGGCCACCAUGUUUCAUCUUCAUGGGAAAAGAAUCGUUUAUUAUGCGAACGAUUGCGUUUUACGAUCGACCCACUUCCUGAAUGUCUUUGAUUCGUAUCCUCGUGAAUAGUAAUUGAUUUUGUAUCAAUUCUUAAAUUUGUCCAUUGUACAUACACGUGCUGCCUGGUUCACGAAGGGUUGCAUUUAGGGGAUGUUGAUUGGAAUGCUGAAGCUGGGAUGAGAAAGAGAUUUUUCUUUCAGUGUGGAAAAUUUAAAGUUACGGAUCACGCGAUAAGUUUUUCAUUUUUUUUUUUCUUUUCAUUUUCCUUUGCAGUAUUAAAUCUGUAAGGAAGAUUUCAUGGGAAUAAAGUUUAGGAAUAGCGAGAGGGUAGUGUGGAAAAGUUUAGGGUUGAGAAUCACGCGAUAAAUGUAAGAAAUUUUCAAUUUUUCCCAAUUUUCUUUCACAGUAUUACUUCAGCAUUCCCGGGUCAAUGUUUUCCUGCAAUUUUGUACUUAUCACUUUUGAAAAUGAUGGAACGAUUGCGAAACAACGAACGACGUGGGAAGUUCGAAAGUACACGAGGACCUUAAUCGAUAGUAGAUUGAAAGUAAACAUUGUUCAAGACUUUCUACCUUCGUUGAGAUUAUCACGAAUGAUUCUUUGAUGCCAGAAAUACAUUUUAGAACACUGAUUUCACGUUUUGCUAUAUCUGUGCAGUAUUUCACGCGAAAGAACUUCCAAUAGAAUGAUAUAAUUGCUGAUCUUUUUUAAGGUUUAUAAUCAUUCUCGUCUGGCAACAAAGAAUUGAGGAAUUAAAAAUAAGCGGCAACAUUGAAAUUCUAUGAAAGAAUGAUAUAUUUUUAAUCGAUCAUUAUUGGCACGAACAUUCCAUGAGAAAUAAAUCUUUUUUUAAGUGGAAUUUUAAUGAAGGUUGAAUGAAAAGCUAUACUAUAAGCUACAGGUCAUUUGAUAUGCAAUAACUUAAUAAUUCCUUUCCAUUCCACGAUGCGAUUGAUGUAUCAUGGACACGGCUGUAAACUAAUGUUAACUAAUUUUAACCAAGACUACGUAAAAAAUAAAGAUAAAAAGGAAGAAGAGGGUAGCUAAUAGGUAGCUGACUAUCGAUCGUACCUUUAUUAAUAAGUCUAGUUGUGUAAUCGAUUCUCUGACGAACAGAUCCGUCGAAACUGUUCAAUAAAAAAGACAAAAAUAUAUAUACCGAAAUGUUUUUUAUACAAAACUAACGCAAUUAUCAGUGUUAAGCAUACGAAUAACAACGAACUCAACGAUUCACGUUUUUACAUCACGAUUUUUGAACACUGAGGUGCCACGUGUUCGCCACAUAUUUUCGAUAUGGAGUACUUUUAUUCGUGCGUAUUCUGUAUAUUCUAUUUAUAAAUAUAUACAUAUAAGAAGUAUGUUAUAUAUAUAUAAUUUAUAGUAAAUCGAAUUGAGAUUUAAUAUAA